UUUGAGAUGAUGGGAGUGUGUCACUUCCAAUGUAGUGAAAUCUCAACAACUUCUGUACUGUAUUAUAAUAUUUUACACAACUUUGUCACGUAACUGCCAUCGGUACCGCAGACCGACGGAGAUCAUUAUUAAAGUAGUAGUGUGUCGCUUUGACUGCAGUAGAGAAAAUAUGUCAGGACGCGGUUAAUGUUUGAUGAAUGGCUGGCGAUCGAAGGUUUACCGACUCUUCAUUAUUGUGGCAGGUACGCUAGGAAAACUAGUACAACAGGAUCUCGUCGUAUUAUGUUCGACGACCUUUCAUAAGAGGAGUUUGUGAGUCAAAACUUGAAGCACAACAGUCAGACCACAACAGGUUUCUGUUUAACUUUAUAUAAGGUCACGGAAGCCUGUUUGUAAGUGAAGUCGCGUGUGGACUUGGCUUUCUUGUUGGAGGACUAAAAAAGCAGACGAUAUAAACAGACGAUUCGAGCAGACGUGACUGACUAGCAGACGUGUGGCUGCGCGCGGAGUGCGAACGAUCGUGCGACGAGUGGAGAUGUGUCGUAUAGCAAAUAGUAUGCCGUUCGUUCCUUCUUUGUAGGUAGCGCGUCGUUGGGGACGGCCAAGAGGUUGUUGGUGAAUCGUGACGGGUUGCUGUUGCCGCAUGUUGUUUCACAUGAAGCUCGAGGUCGCGAGUUCGACACACGACGAUGCCAGAGUCCUCGACAUGGAUUGCUUACCUGUGUCGUCUGACCUUUCACCUUUUUCUCCUGUCGUCUGCUGUCAGUGCUGUGGAAAAUCCUUGCUACAACCUUUGCAAAGUGAUCGUUCCCAGAACUUACGUCGUUUUCUCCGGAGAUAUUGUCAUGCAGUACGAGAUACCGGCGAAUCAGACCUACCCAAACGCAUUCAUCAGACUCAUGUUCGUGGUCACAAAUGGGGAAGACGAAGAAAUUCAAACCCAGAGGGUUCCGCUAGGAGUUCGGACUGGAACCUUUUCCUGUGGCAUCAUAGAAAAAGCCGGACGAUAUGUGUUCCGGAUGUACGAACACAACCUCGGUCAAGUUUUGACAGAAUCGUUCAUGGACGUUCGGUGGCCACAGUUCCGCCUGUUCCUCCCAGAACGCCUCUUCGCACUGACGUCACCUGUCAACCUUCAAGUUACGUCUCAGGCUAAAUGCGAAUCAAAACUUCAUGAUACAGAAAUGCAGAUCGAUUUAUAUUUUCAAAGGAAAAAUAUCACAACUGGUUUUAUUCUAAAAUCAGAGUCCUAUCUCACGCAGACGAUAAAUUAUACGGAUAUCUCGAAAACGCUGUCUGAGUUUAGGUUCCCGUGUAUCUUGUUCGACUUGAACGGGGUGUACCAAGCAGUGUUAAGGUCGGCGCUGUCUUCAUCUACAGUUUCUAUGAGUAAUAUAAUGCACGUGGUGUGGAGUAAACGAUACACUCUGAGUAUUCGCACGGAAAGUAUUUUUCCUUGCCAUGACCAUGUUACAGUAUUUUACACGCAACCGUCGUGUGCAAAGAUGGAUGUGACGUUGAUGGAUCGAAUUCGAGUUUACGAGCUAAAGAGGAUCUCUAAUGGGUCAAUGGCGGCGCCAUUAUACCGGAAAUAUAUCACGGAAUAUUUCGCGGAUCCGGAUAUGACGUCGGUGACUCCGCAAUGUGAUAUGUUUAAUGAUACUUCAGCCGGGUUCUGUUUUGUUUACGUCAGCAUGGCACGGAAUGGAGCCGUGGAGGAACAGAAGCAACUUUGCUUAUCAGCUCACCCCGACUCAGUGCUACCAAUAGAUGGCGGGUGGAGCAGUUGGUCUAUGUGGUCGGAGUGCACGGUCACGUGCGGGAAGGGGAAGAGAAGUCGGUUUCGAAUGUGCGACAGUCCCUACCCCCUGCACGGUGGGCGGUUCUGCUCUGGGCAGACUGUGCAGUGGCGUGAAUGUCACAAAGCAUGUCCUGAGUCAUUUCCAGCUAGUCCAUUAAAGACGGUCAACAUAACGUUGAUGUGUGCUUGCGGUUGUCAGAUGACGUCGGAAAAGGGAGAAAUCAUUGCCACCGGACGUUGCACCCACGGGAUUUGGAAUGUUGAGGUCGCCAGAAAACACCAGAUCAGACUUAGCUUUACGUAUUUUAAUUUAUUUGAGAAUAAACAGUUAGUGCACGUGAGAGACGGUGAAUCGCCAAAUGACGAUUUGUUGUUUUCGUCAGAUGGCAAUGAACCUUCAAGUGACGUCAUCUCGUCUUCAAACAGUAUGUUCAUAGAGCUCAUUUCAUUGGUCGCUUCGAUGUCGUUUACAAAUGACUCAUCUCCCAGUUCAUUGGCCAUCUUCCCAUACAACGCAACACUUCCUAUUCACGUGCAUGGGUUCAUCGCGUCAUAUUCAUCAGUUGUUAUUGGAAAAGUCCCCGUUUCAUCGACCAUCAUAAGACAGGGUCAGUCAUCGAUAAUGGACAGCAAGGUUGCCGUAGUCGGGAUUGCCCUGUGUGGCGUAAUCAUCGUCGUCACUGUCGCGUUUGUGUUCUUUCACCGAUUUUACCACAAGAGACACAAAUAUGCAAUGACGUCAUCCGAGAGUCCCAUCCACCUGUCGCCUCACAGCAACAGCGCGCACAGCUCACGUGCGAGUAGUCCCCCGCCUUGUAUCACUCACGUAGACAUCGAAGCCCCAUUGACUGGGGACAAGAAGAAGAAAGAAACACGUGUAUCCCGUGCUUCGUCCAUUUCCAGCACGUGCAGCACGGGUUUGAAAAAACUGCGCACCAAAGCAGAAGCCGUUGUAGCCAAUGGCAGUCCGAAGCCAUCCACGAAGAAUUACACGCCUUUACCCAGUCCGUAUUCUGCGAAUAACUCUCCUGAAGAGUUCCUGCAUGACGCGGAUUUCUUUAAAGCUAGUCCCAGCCUGAAAAAGUGCCAACCGCGAUCACCAAAAGUGUAUCCGUCUCCCAAACUGAAACGGUCUCCCGUGACCGCUAGUCCCUCCUCGCCACCAACAACCAAGUUUGACCUGCUCACGAAAAAGAGACAGGAUAAGUUAAAUUCCAAAAUGGAAAGAGUCGUCACAGGGUCAUCAUGUUCAUCUUCGCAUAGCCCUUCUAUUCCUUUAGCGUCCCCGGAAACUCCAACACCAACAGGGUUCCGUGAUACUAACUUGGGAGAUUCGUUCAAACAAUCGUCGCCGGAGGAAAAGACUCCUCAGAAUGAUGUGAUAAUGUUAGACAGUCUCCGGGAAGAGCCUUGCGGAACCAGUAAAGACAGCAGUGAUUUCGCAUUCGCCGACGAGGCAAAUGCCGAGACUACGUCAUUCAUUCAACCAAGCGUAAAGGCGCGGCGUCCAAUAUCCCUCACUAAAAGUUAUUCACAAGAUUCCAUUGGUGCUACACAAACCGACAGAACUGCUGACGGUGCUAAGACUACGAAAUCGAAGAAACGCACGAAAAAGAGACAGGAACAGCAAUCUGCUAUGGAAGAGAGACAGAACCUCCUUCCAAAACCAGACGGUCAGAGCCCGAAAGCCUCUCGAGAGGACACACCCAAGAGUUGUAUCUCGUCCAAUAGCAAUGAUAGCAGUUCGAAAACUAACAAAACCCUGUCUCCAUCUCGCAGUAUUCAUUCGCCGUCAGACGUCACUUCUGUUGAUAUAGAAAUGGAGUAUGAUGACUUUAUCGAGGACGAUCCUCUGUCUUACUUUGAACGUGAUGAACUACAGAAACUCAAGUGGCAAGGAGUGGAAAAGAUUGGGAAACCGGUUGUUGAGGAAGAGGACUAGUGUAUUGUUCAUUAUAUGUUACGUGAUUGUAUUGAGUCAUUGGAGAUGUGAGGUGGGUGGGGUAGGGUGGGAAGUGCCUGGUUGGUCAUCUCCUCACUCAUCCAUUUUCACUCCCUGUUUCAAAAUUAUAAAAAAGGAGAUUAUUUACAAUGUUUCAGCAUGUACUGGAUUAAAACCUGACAGAAGAACAUGUCUCCGUCCCAGAUAAACUGUUUUGAGCCUAUCGUUAUCACUGUUAAUCAUUUGUAUUUAUGCGCCUCCACCCUACCCAUUUAGACUUUACUCUGGUGGACUACCAUUCGGAGAUCAGUUAACGCUUGAACCAUGACAAUCAUCCAACUCAUCUGAAAAUAUUAAGAGCCGAAUUUACAAAGCCUGUUUUUGUCGUACUCGCAUGUAACUACAUACAUUAACAAUGCUUAAACACCUUUAAGAAAACCAGGCUUCGUAAAUUCGGUCCUAAAUGAUCUUUAAUUAUUACAUUAAAAUCCCACACUGCAUUCAAAUA